GUCAAAAUUCUUCUCAUCUCUUUCACCAUCAUCAAUCCUCUGUUCGAUUUUUCUUUUCUCCUUUUUUUUAUUCGUAACUCUUAUAUUUAUUUUCUCAUCGUUCUUGUGGAGUUUAGCAAUGGAAGGAGUUCCAGGGAUCAACACUGUUCCAAAUCCUAACUAUUAUGACAAGUCAAUAGUGCUAGAUGUAAAGCCACUGCGAAGUUUGAAACCUGUAUUUCCAAAUGGUAAUCAAGGUCCACCAUUUGUUGGUUGUCCACCUUUUGGCCCUUCUUCUUCUACUGAGCAUUCACCUUUCUACCCUUUUGGAGCACAACAACCAACGCAUGAUACUCCAGAUCUCAACCAAACACAGGACACGCCUCCUCCAUCGUUUGUUACGCCUCUUCAAUCAUAUAGAGAACCUACUGUAUCAAAUGGCCCUAGCAGCUCAAGUGGGACUAAGAAAAGAGUUGGCCGUCCUAAGAAAACUACUGUAUCUAAUGAUCCUAGUAGCUCAAGUGGGAUUAAAAGAGGACCUGGCCGUCCUAAGGGAGUUAGUAAUGCGAAGAAAAAAGAGAAGACUGUGUCCAACGAGACUAAUUUGGAUGUUCAGGUAGUGAAAAGAUUCAUUACAGAUUUUAACAGCGGGAUCAGUGUACCAGAGCGAGAAGAUGGGACUGGGGACUUAGUGAGUAGCGUAUUGAUGCGUUUUGAUGCUGUUAGGAGGCGGUUAAUCCAAGUAGAGUAUGGUAAGGCAGGGACUUCGAAAGCAGCUGGUGUUUUGAUGAGCAAUGGGGUGAGGACAAACAUGAAGAAGAGAGUUGGGACUGUUCCUGGAAUCGAGGUUGGGGAUAUCUUCUUUUCAAGGAUAGAGAUGUGUUUAGUGGGUCUUCACAUGCAGACUAUGGCUGGCAUUGACUAUAUAACAAGUAAGGUCGGUGCAGAUGAAGAGCCUUUAGCUACUAGUAUUGUUUCGUCUGGACGUUAUGAUGGUGAAGCACAGGAUCCUGAGUCUUUAAUCUAUAGUGGACAAGGAGGGAAUGCAGACAAGAACGGACAAGCAUCUGAUCAGAAACUUGAGAGGGGUAAUCUGGCGUUAGAGAAAAGCUUGAGGAAGGGGAAUGGAGUAAGAGUGAUAAGAGGAGAAGAGGAUCCAGCUAGUAAAACAGGAAAGAUCUAUAUUUAUGAUGGACUUUAUUCAAUCUCAGAGUCAUGGGUAGAGAAAGGGAAAUCUGGUUGCAACACUUUUAAAUAUAAACUGGUGAGACUACCUGGUCAGCCACCUGCUUUUGGCGUCUGGAAAGCUAUUCAUAAGUGGAAGGAAGGUGUGAGUGCAAGAACAGGUCUUAUCCUUCCAGAUCUCACUUCAGGAGUUGAAAGCAAACCUGUUUCGCUUGUGAAUGACGUUGAUGAUGAGAAGGGGCCAUCUUAUUUUACCUACAUUUCCACUCUCAAACACUCUGAGACCUUUAAACAAACUCAGCCAACAAUUGGUUGUUCCUGUCAUGGCUCAUGUGCACCUGGAAACCUUGACUGCUCUUGCAUCCGAAAGAAUGGUGGUGACCUCCCUUACCUCAAUGGUGUUAUGCUUGUUUCUCGGAGACCAAUGGUAUAUGAAUGUGGCACAACCUGUCCAUGUCAUGCCAGUUGCAAAAACAAAGUGAUUCAGACAGGACUGAAGUUCCGCCUGGAAGUGUUUAAGACAGCCAAUCGUGGUUGGGGUUUACGUUCUUGGGAUCCCAUCCGCGCUGGUUCUUUCAUAUGUGAAUAUGCUGGUGAGGUCAAAGACAAGCUUAGAAUGGACCAAGAAGAUGAUGAGUUUGUCUUUGACACGUCACGUGUUUAUAACUCGUUUAAGUGGAACUAUGAGCCUGCAUUAGUAGAUGAGGACCCUGCAGAUGAAAUCCCGGAGGAGUUUAAUCUCCCAUCACCACUCCUGAUCAAUGCCAAGAGUUUUGGAAAUGUAGCUCGGUUCAUGAACCAUAGUUGCUCCCCUAACGUUCUGUGGCAACCAGUUAUUUGUGAAGGAAGCGGUGAAUCUGUUGUCCACAUUGCUUUCUUUGCUAUUCGUCACAUUCCACCAAUGACUGAGUUGACUUAUGACUAUGGAGUCUCCCUUACAUCGGAGGCCAGAGAUGGGAGCCUUUUACAUGGAAAGAGGAAAUGCUUAUGUGGUUCUGUGAAAUGCCGUGGCUCAUUUGGAUAGUCUGAUAAAUGGCAGAAGAUCUCAACGUACGUAGCAAAGUACAAAGAAGGCGCUUUGGCAAACUAUGUAUGCAUUUGCAUGUUCUGUGGCGAUACUUACACAUGUAAUGUAUUGACAUCACAUUGACUUUAGGUUCCAUGCUCACGGGUUUGGUCAAAAUAAACUCUAUAGAGUGAUUGAGUUAUGUUUCAAGCUUUGUCUGACAACUUAUCAGUAGACUUUAACAAUGAGAAAACCAAAAAUAUAAUCGAUGUUUGUUUGUUUGUUUGGUAUUUAAUCGUCAAUGUUCUUCAUGUACUCCUUGGAAAGCUUUGUUUCGUUGAUGAGUUUUUGUUCCUUAAUGAGAGAGUAACCUGACUCCAGCAACGCCUCCACCGUUUGCUGUUCACAUCAUCAUCAUGAAACAAACCUUUCAUAUGAUCUCAAAAUGGAACAAAAGCAUGAAAUUUUUGUAAGAGAAAGGUUGAUGUCAAGUGUGAAGCCUGUAAAGGCAGUUACCUCAGGGGGAAUGAAUUGAGG